UGCAAUUCUGCAGUGUUCUUGAAGCUUUCAUCGAACGCAUCUUCUCUACUUUUGGGAAGCUUUGGUGUCGUUUCCCCACCGCGGAGCCCACGCUCGAAUCCUCCAUCUUUUUCUUCGAAUUAGUUCAUAUACAAGGAAAACAAAAUGGUUAAGAUCUGCUGCAUUGGUGCUGGUUAUGUGGGAGGUCCAACUAUGGCUGUCAUUGCCCUCAAGUGCCCCGCCGUCGAGGUUGUUGUUGUCGAUAUCUCCGUCGCUCGCAUUAAUGCCUGGAACAGCGAUCAGCUUCCUAUAUAUGAGCCAGGCCUUGAUGAUGUGGUGAAGCAGUGCAGGGGAAGGAAUCUCUUCUUCAGCACCGACGUAGAGAAACAUGUCUAUGAGGCAAACAUCAUUUUUGUCUCAGUAAACACACCAACGAAGACGCGCGGCCUAGGUGCAGGGAAGGCUGCCGAUCUUACCUACUGGGAGAGUGCAGCCCGCAUGAUCGCCGACGUGUCCAAAUCUGAUAAGAUUGUGGUGGAGAAAUCUACAGUCCCUGUGAAGACUGCUGAGGCCAUUGAGAAAAUCUUGACCCAUAAUAGCAAAGGUAUCAACUAUCAGAUCCUCUCAAACCCAGAGUUUCUUGCAGAAGGCACAGCAAUUCAGGACCUGUUCAAACCCGACCGCGUGCUCAUCGGUGGCCGGGAGACUCCAGAGGGCCGUAAGGCUGUGAAGGCAUUGAAGGAUGUUUAUGCCCAGUGGGUUCCUGAGGAGCGGAUACUCACCACAAAUCUCUGGUCUGCCGAGUUGUCAAAGCUAGCAGCCAAUGCUUUCUUAGCUCAGAGGAUCUCUUCAGUUAAUGCCAUUUCUGCUCUUUGUGAGGCCACGGGUGCCAACAUCACAGAGGUAGCCUAUUCAGUAGGAAAGGACUCGAGAAUAGGACCUAAGUUCUUGAACGCCAGUGUUGGCUUUGGUGGUUCCUGCUUCCAGAAAGACAUUCUUAAUCUUGUUUACAUCUGUGAGUGCAAUGGUCUUCCAGAAGUUGCCAAUUACUGGAAGCAAGUCAUCAAGAUCAAUGACUACCAGAAGAGCAGAUUUGUGAACCGGGUGGUCUCCUCCAUGUUCAACACUGUUUCUGGUAAAAAAAUUGCGGUGCUCGGUUUCGCGUUCAAGAAAGACACCGGCGAUACGAGGGAGACUCCCGCCAUUGAUGUCUGCAAAGGUUUGCUUGGCGAUAAAGCGUCAAUCAGCAUCUAUGAUCCCCAGGUGACGGAGGAUCAGAUUCAGCGCGAUCUUGCGAUGAACAAGUUCGAUUGGGACCAUCCAAUUCACCUUCAGCCAUUGAGCCCUACUGCUUUCAGAGAAGUGGCUGUCGCCUGGGAUGCAUAUGAAGCUACCAAGGGUGCUCAUGGAGUCUGUAUCUUGACUGAGUGGGAUGAGUUCAAGGAUUUGGAUUUUCAGAAGAUUUAUGAUAGCAUGCAUAAGCCAGCCUUCUUGUUCGACGGCCGCAAUGUGGUCGAUGUGGAGAAGCUGAGGGAUAUUGGCUUCAUUGUUUAUGCAAUUGGUAAGCCUCUGGAUCCCUGGCUCAAGGAUAUGCCUGCUGUGGCUUAAUGAUUUGGAAUUAAUAGUUCCUUAUAAUUAUUGUUUUAAUUAUUUCUAGAGAUUGAUUGCGUCCUUAAUGGUUAUCCUUUUUUGCAUCUUAUAGAAAGCUAGGCCUUUAUGGUCAAGUUAUUGUGUUCUGUUAUUUCGAGUCUUUCCUAC